AUGACAGCAGAUGCGAAUGGCGACACCAAGGUGGUCAAGAAACCACGAAUUGAAGAGCGCCUUCCUCGAAUGAAGGUGGAGAAGUACCGAAGCUUUCAGAACUGGUACCAGAUUCCUUUCGAUGACAAGUGGCCCAAACGUACUUGGCCAGAGAAGCGAGUGACCAAGGCACCGCGCUGGUGCACGGUCGACCUUCGCGACGGCAAUCAGGCAUUGAUCAACCCCAUGAACCACGAGAAGAAGUUGCGUUUAUUCCUCCAUUUGUUGAAGCUGGGCUACAAAGAGAUCGAGGUCGGCUUCCCUGCUGCAAGCCAAACGGACUUUGACUUCAUUCGCUACAUCAUUGACGAGGGUUUGAUUCCGGACGACGUGUGGAUUCAGGUUCUCACGCAGUGCCGUGAGCCUCUGAUAUUGCGGACCAUUGAAGGUGUGAAAGGUGCCAAGAACGUCGUGAUACACGUCUACAACUCAACCUCUGAAUUGCAACGGCGAGUUGUGUUCAAAAAGGGCCGGCAGGACAUCAAGCAGCUGGCUCUAGAAAGCGUUGGCCUUGUAAGGAAGCUGGUGGAUGAGCGCAUGGCAGGAAUGAAAGUCCGGCUCGAGUACUCUCCCGAAAGCUUCACCGGCACGGAGCUCGAUUUUGCGCUCGAUGUCUCCAACGCCGUGAUUGAUGUGUGGAAGCCAACACCUAGCCAGCAGUUGAUCCUGAACUUGCCGGGGACAGUGGAGAUGUGCACUCCGAAUGUGUACGCAGAUCAAAUUGAAUGGAUGUGUGCCCACAUCAACCAUCGGGACUGCGUGUGCAUCAGCGUGCAUCCGCACAACGAUCGCGGCACCGGAAUCGCAGCGGCAGAGCUGGCCCUGAUGGCAGGAGCUGACCGCGUUGAGGGUUGCCUCUUCGGAAACGGAGAACGCACGGGCAACGUGUGCUUGGUCACCCUCGCCCUAAACAUGUUCACUCAAGGCAUUGACCCAGAGGUGAGCUAUGUGGAGCUAGAGGAGACCAUCACUGUGGCCGAGCACUGCACAGAGCUGAAGGUUCCAGAGCGGUACCCGUGGGCUGGAAGCCUUGUUUACACAGCAUUUUCUGGAUCUCACCAGGAUGCCAUCAAGAAAGGCUUGGAGGCCAACAAGAAGGAGAAUGUGUGGGAAGUUCCUUAUUUGCCCAUUGAUCCGCAGGACAUAGGUCGUCAUUACGAAGCCAUCAUCCGGGUGAACAGCCAGAGUGGGAAGGGUGGCAUCGCCUACAUCCUGGAGCAGGAGUAUGGCAUUGCCUUGCCCAAGGACUGUCAGGCCGAAUUUGCCCAGGUGGUUCAGAAGAUCUCUGACAAGACCAGCAAGGAGAUCGCUGCAGUGCAGAUCUUCGAUGCCUUCAAGCAGACGUACAUAGAUCCUCAGGAACCGGUGGCCCUGAUAGAUUACGAUCUGUCAACGUCUUCGGCGCAGAGCGAGGAUGACGUUGCUCUAAAGGCAAGAGUUCGGGCAGCCGGCAAGGAGCAUGAGAUUGUUGGCAAGGGCAACGGUCCGGUGUCUGCUUUCGUAGCCGGCUUGAACGAGUUUGUAUUUCGACCGAAGGGGGUGGAAGUCCACCUGUCGGACUAUCACUCUGCGGCGCGGAGCCACUGCAAGAACGCGGAGGGUUCGGAAGCUGUUGCGUCGGUGAGAUGCCAAGCGAUUGCUUCAGCAACUCAGACCCCUCAGGGCAAAGCCAGAUUUGGCGUUGGCCUACACAGGAAUACCAACACGGCAGUGUUGAAAGCUCUGAUCAGUGCGGUCAACUGCCUGAGUGCUGCCGGUGAUGCGAAGCUGUUCGCCUAG